CUCACUCGUGCAAUACCUAUCCAUCCUGCUCCCAUCUGUACUUUUGUCAAACCGUGACUUGGAAGACUGUCUCAUAUGGCGGAUCUCCGGGACCUUCAGAGCUAUAUUGGUCCUGAGAGUCUGAAGCGUCUCUGUCGCUCGUUUACCCGGUCCAGCGGUCAGAACCCAGGUUCAGACCCAGGAGAGCGGAUCCGUCUGACUAGGGCCUGGACUGGUCAUGGAGUAUCCACUAAUUUGACAUUCCAGACUCCAAAGCCCGAGCAAGGUAAACAGAGACGAUCCGACAAGGACGGGAACGGACAAGGUCCUGUCGCACUGCAGAAAAGGAGGGGCGACUGGGCGUCAAGCCCCAGGGGCUACUUCGCCACACAACAUACCCCUUUGGGUCCUAGAUCAACACACCAGCCACAUAUCCCUCCAGCCUCAAUUAUGGCUGGUGUGUUCCCUGUGUAAUCCCGAGAUGCAUGAUAGGCUGUUCAGUAACAGAGGUGAUAACCUUAGACUCCGUCCUAGUAAACUUUGUCUAAAUGCUG